AUGAAGGAUAUGGUGAGGUACGAAAUAGAAAAAUUUUGGAACGAUAAUUUAUUAGAUGAUAUAAAAGACGAGCACGGAAUAGAAAUAAAAUUAUUAAUAAAAUUCUAUCAAGAAAAAUAUAAAAUAAAAAUGGCGGACGGAAAAGAAUUAAUAAACGAAUCGAAAAUGGUAUUAAAUCGUACCUGGGAAUUAUUGAACGUUGGAAAAUGGAUGAACGUACCCGUCGAAAGGAAACAAGUUUAUGCGAUAGCGACCUAUUUACAGAUUUUGGGACUUUUAGAAUCGUCGAAAAAUUAUGACGACGACGACGACGACGACAGGAAGGUACUCGAAAAAUGUUUAGAAAUAACAGAUUUGGGAAUACUUUUGGGUUUACCAUUUGGUACCAUUUCACUCACGAGUAUAGCAGACAUACUAUCGAAUGCAUUAAAUAAAGGAAAGAAAAGGAAAAGAGAAGAAGAAGAAGAAGAAGGACAGGAAGUUGAAAAGAGUGAGAUUUCGAUAAAAGAAAAUUUUCGAGAAUCGUUCGAUGAUAACGAUUCGAUUAUUAUCGAUUCAAUCGAGUGUCCUUCUCUCGAAUAUUUUUACAAUAAUUACAUGAUUAAAAAUACACCCGUUAAAUUAACGGGUUGCAUGAAUCAUUGGCCGGCUUUGAAACUUUGGAAAGAUUUCGGGUACAUUGUCGGAAAAGCCGGAUGUCGUACGGUACCCGUGGAAAUAGGAAAACACUACGCACACGAUACCUACAGUCAGAAAUUGAUGAAAAUAUCGGAGUUUGUCGAAGAAUAUAUUAAUAAUCCAUCGAAAUCCGCCAUCGGAUACCUCGCACAGCAUCAAUUGUUCGAUCAGGUACCGGAACUUAAAAAAGACAUAAUAAUACCCGAUUAUUGUGCAUUAACGUUAAAACCGGAUGUUGAUGAAAAUUCCGAAACGGAAAUAAAUGCAUGGUUCGGACCUAAUGCCACGAUAUCACCACUACAUAACGAUCCUAAAAAUAAUUUACUGUGUCAAGUUGUCGGCACGAAAAAAUUAAUACUUUUUUCACAAUCCGAUACUCAAUUUUUAUAUCCUCACCCGAGUUCCAUUUUAUUUAAUACGUCACGGGUCGACGUAGAAAAUCCUGAUUUUAAUUCGUUUCCGGAAUUUAAAAAAGUCAAAACGAAAAUGACGUGUUUGUUAAAACCUGGAGAAAUGAUUUACAUACCUCCUAAAUAUUGGCAUCACGUGAGAUCUCUUGAAAAUAGUUUUUCCGUUAGUUUUUGGUGGGAAUGA